UAAAAGGUUAUGAUAUUGAACACAUACGCAUCAGUUAAUCAACAAUUUUCAUUGCAAACAUUUAAUUUCUUGAUUUGUGCAAAAACUAUGAAAAUGAUUGCCACUCUCUUCGUUGUCUUUGCUGUUGCUUCUUCAGCUUUUGGUCAAUGUCCAGUUCCUACACCUGUUUCUGGUGCUGAUAUUGGCAAAAUUGCCGGUCGAUGGUAUGAAAUUUCUGGAUCAACUCUUGAUCUUACAUGUGUUACAAUGGAUUUCACUCCUCGAGAGGAUGGAAACUUCAAUUAUACAACUCUUGGAUCCAAAUCUGAUGGCUCAAAGCAUAGUCGACAUUUGUUAGCCAUACGUACUGAUAAUGAAAAUUCAUUCAAUAUCUCUGAUAUGUCAACCGAGACUCGAUACCCAAUUACCUUCUAUAUAGCCGAUACUGAUUACGAUAACUAUUUAGCUAUGUACAGUUGUGUUUUCCUUCCUGGUUACUCACAAAUUCAAUUAGGUUUCAUUCUAUCCAGGUUUAACAGCAUGAAAGAUGACAAACUUGCUGAACUGACUGAUUUGUUGAUUAAACUUGGACUUACUGAUGAUAAAAUUCAAUCCAUAUCUCAAGAAUACUGUAAAUACUGGCCGGCCUCCCAGUAAUGAUUUUCAAAUAAAAUUGAAUUUAAACUGUAAGGGUUUAUAACCUUGAGCAACAAAAGUUAUACAGUAGUGGUUAGGGUUAAGUUAACAAAUGGGGAGAUUUUUUUCAUAGUCGCCAUCUAACAAUAAAUUAAAGUACCUUUAAGAUCGAAUUUAUUUUUGUCCAUUUCUCUAUUGUCAAUUUUCUCUGAAAACUAAUUAUUACCGAGAUGGCGACACCUGAAAAUUAACUUAAGUCUGGCCCUGUUUUGUUAACUUAACUCUAACCACUACUGUAUUA